UAGGAGCCCUGUAGAGCCGACCGCCUUCGCCUUGGAAGAGCUUAUACUUACAAAGAAAAGGAAGAUCUGAUAUGGCGUUUACCUUCGCUUGGUCUUACUUGCUCUUGUGCGCCUAUUUUACUCUUUCAACCGAAAUGACCUCCAAUGAAGAACGGUUUGAAGCUAUUGUGAUGAACGCAGCCUAUAAUACAGAACUUCAACCAGAUCUGAAUGCACUCAAAGAAGGAGAAGAUUACUGCGCAUUUAAUGUCUCAACUAUCAGCAAAAGCUCACCGCCGAAACCAAAAACUACCGACUCUACAGAUACGGGUUUGAAAUUUGGAGUAGAAGGAUUUACAAAACUGCCCUGGUCUACGGACAACGUCGUCGAGAAUCAGAAGUGCUAUGCGGUUAUAGAGAAAGCGCUUGAAGACUUAGCCAGUAAUGGUGCAAAAAGUGUCGAGGAUGUUAUAAAUACGAUAAAACAGUAUGCCUCCUGGGUCCCUUCUUUUGAUGGUCUGCGAGAUUAUGUGGAGAGCAAGAAUGCCACAGAACAGCAAAAAGUUCUCGAAACCAUGACAGGAAUAGCGAAGCUAGCUGUCAAGGCAAAGUCACUGAUCACUGAACCUCUGCCUCUGCUGCUAGCCAAACAUACGGGGUCCGUUACGCUUAGUCAAGAGCAGUGUGCAUGCCUUCUGGCAAAUGGAUUUUUUUGCACGUUUCCGAAAGAAGCGAGCACCUUCAAUAAAAUCAAUUUCGCCGGGAUUUUUCAAUCUGCUAAUCAUCUAUCUCAUGUGAGGCUGCAGUUUUUGCUGCAUUACUUUUCGCUAGUGUUGGAAAAGAUGCCAACUGGCUGUGUUACAUUUUCUCGCGCAGUACUGAAAGAAGACGCGAUACCGAAAUGGGAAGAGGAAAAAUCCCAGCUCCAUUCCCUUGCGGUACAGUCAGAGGUACCGAUUGAAGACGUGGUUGCAUUAGCACAAGUAGAUUUUGCCAAUGAAACGAUUGGAGGCCUUGUCCUCUCCACUCCCAUAGACCAGAUAGGGAAGGAGGAGAUUCGCUUUCUAAUUUCUCCAGAGCUGAUCGUGUCCUGCCUUUUAUGCGAGAAGAUGGGUCCCCUUGAAGCAAUUCACAUCGUCGGCACACAACGUUACAGCGGCUACAGCGGAUACGGUUCCACUGUUGAAUGGCAGCCUUAUGAUGGCUACGAUUGUGAAGAACGAGAUAGUUUUAGGCGAGUGUUUUCGGACGUAAUCGCUAUAGAUGCUCUUUCCUUCAGCGAUAGUUCACAUCAAUAUGAGAGAGAAAAUAUCGACAGAGAGCUCAAAAAGGCGUAUGCCGGUUUCAUGUCAGAAAAGAGCGACGCACGACCGAUAGCAACUGGAGGCUGGGGAUGUGGUGUGUUGAGAGGAGAUAAAGAACUAAAAAGUUUGAUUCAAAUUGUUGCAGCUGCAAAAGCAGGGAGAGAUAUGGUCUAUUGCGCUUUCCAUGAUAAGCAAUUCGAAGACUCUUUGCUUGAUGUGUAUAAUAUGUUAGUUCAAAGGAACGUAACAAUCCGCGGUCUUUACAAGGCCUUAAUCUCGUAUGCACAAAGUCUAAAGCAGCAAGAGGAUUUGUCUGUCUUCAAGCACAUCUCUUUGGAAUUUCAAGCACAGUAGCAAAGUGGCACAAACCAAAACAUAGCUCAAACAAGCUCAAUAAACAUUUGCUCGAGUA